AAAAACCAGCCGAAUUCUGGAAUAAACCAUCAGUACGACUUUGUCUGAAGAACACAUCGUUCAGCAGCUACUAGAAUCUAUCCAACAUGCACAGCAGCAAGAUUUCCGUCAUUCUGGCCAUUGUCCUGGCCAUCUUUGGGGCUACUUCUAUGGCCGGUCACCUAAGGAGUGGAGGAUACGGUGGUAGUUUCGGCGGAGGACACGGGGGUAGCUUCGGCGGAGGACACGUUAGUGUAAUUGGCGGUGGAAUAGGAGGAUAUGGUGGAACACAUGGUGGAGCACAUGGUGGCGGGAUCCAUGGAGGACACGCCAGUAGCUUCGGAGGAGUACAUGGCGGAGGACAUGGCGCAGGAUACGGUGGAAGAACUGUUUCUGUAGUUGUCGUCAGAGGAACAGGUGGAGGUCAUGGUGGGCACGCUGGAGGAUAUGGUGGCGGAUUUGGCGGUGGUUUUGGCGGAGGCCAUGGCUGCCCACACUGCUAACGGCUGAAAGUAAUUUAUUCCAAAUUACUAGUUAUUGGAAAUCCGUCGCUGGCUGACUGGAAAAAAUAAACAAACUAUCAUUGAACAAGAA